AAGGAAACAUCAGUUUCCUCAUUGUGUCGGAAUAACAUCUUUGCUUGAGGUUCAUUUCACCAAUCACCCACCUUCCAGGAAUAAUCUAAAGGAACAACUUGCAAGGCAUUUUAACGCCGCUCAGAGCAAGUUGACCAUGGCUGGAACAAUGGCCGGAAACCCUGCUGGCAAGUGCCGCGACUUCGACCACUCUCCAGAGAAGUUGAAGGCAACAUUGAACAACAUUUUUCGUCUUCAGGAGUUUCGGGUCAAUCAACUUGAAGCAAUUAAGGCCACAAUUUUGAAGAAAAAUGUCUUGGUUGUUGGUGAUAAUGGUGCUGGUAAAAGCCUGUGCUACCAGCUACCAGCCUGCUUGUCUGCUGGAGUCACUGUGGUGAUCUCUCCACUCAUCUCCCUCAUCCUGGACCAGAUGCAGAAACUCACUGAACUGGGUAUUGUGGCCAGGACUCUCUCGGGUGAUAUAGGUCCCAGUGAUGCAGAUAGUAUCUACCAACAGUUGUCUGAAAAGGAUCCGAUUAUCAAACUGCUCUACGUCACCCCCGAGAAGAGGAGUAUGAAUCGUCAAUUGAUCGAGGCUCUGCAGGACCUGUUUGCCAAUGGUCUUCUGGCUCGGUUUGUUAUCGAUGAGGCCCAGUGCAUCAGUCAGUGCGACUUCCGGCCGGCCUACGGGAUAUUGAACGAGCUGCAGCAGGACUUUCCGGGGGUGCCCAUGAUUGCUCUGUCAGGCCCCAUCGGGCCCCACAUCCAGGAGGACAUCCUCAAUCAGCUGCAGAUGACCAACCCUCAGGUGUUCACCAUGACCUUAAACCGAACAAAUCUAAAGUAUGCCGUGCCGACCAGGACAAGGUUUGGGGAAAUGGACUGCAUUACCUGGAUCAAGGAGCACUAUCCACAUGACUCAGGCAUCGUGUACUGCUGGAGACGAGACGAUUGUGACAACAUGGCAGACAGCCUGAACGAGGCAGGCCUGCUGGCAUGUUCGUAUCACGCAGGGAUGCCUUACAGAGACAGAGAGAUUGUGCAGCACAAGUGGAAUGGAAAUGAAUGCCAGGUCAUCUGUGCCACCAGCGCAGCCUUUGGUAUGGGCAUCCACAAGCCGGACGUGCGGUACGUGAUCCACACCUUUCUGCCAAAGUCCAUGGAACAGUACCACCGGGAGACAGGGCGGGCCGGCAGAGACGGGAAAAUGUCCCACUGCAUCCUCUUUUAUUCCGACAGCGACCAUGGUGUCCUCGGACGUGCCAUCAGAAACGAUGAAUCUGUGGAUGAAAAAUCGAAGGAUAGGGAAUUAGUUGACCUAGAACCCAUGGUGGAAUACUGCUGGAAUAAGAAGGACUGCAGAAGAAUACAGCUGCUUACUUACUUUGCUGGGGUCGACACUGAAGCCAACUUAUGCAAGGAAAACGCAGAAGCCAUCUGUGACAACUGCGAAAGCGCCAAUAAAAAAAAGGGGAUGAAUGUCAAGCAGGAGGGAGAAGGAGAAACGAAAUGAUCGUCCAUCUCUAACUCUGAAGGAAGUGGAGCUAUGAGUUCCCAGGCAGGUGCUGCUGCUACCGGCUGAAAUCCAGGCUUCAGUACCAUCCCUACCCCCCAGACCAAACAACAACCCUUCCUCAAAUCAGCUCAAUAGGAUUCAUCUAAUCAAGUGUAGUUUAAACUCUCCUCUGUCCAAAAUAGACCAUAGAGCCAAGACACAAUGUUCAGUCCUUUUAGUUACAUAUAACACUAUAGGGGGACAUUGAAUCUUUGAUAGAAAUACAUUUAAUAGUCUAAUCGCCAUGUCGGGAAAAUAUUGCGUCAUACCGUGACAUUCCAUUGGGAAGGUCUGGAUGCUAGUAUAGUGAUACCACAGCAUUGCUUGGCUUCUAGAAGGUAAAGCCUUUAAGUUCUUUCUUUUUUUGUGGUUGGUGGCCUGACUGUAUUCUGUGUGCAAUUUGCUGUGUUAUGCAUUGAUUUUAAUAACUGUCAUUAGGGUUUGUUUGAUAA